AUGACAGACACUUUGAGUGAUGCAACCACCCCUAUUAUGGUAGAUGACAAUUCUGAAACACCUUCCACUGCAAAUGUUGAAAGCCCCACACCUUCCCAACAGUCACAAUGUAAAAAAUCACCUGUGAAUCAAUCCAUUGUGUGGAGUCACUUUAAAAAAGUGGAACCGAUCGAUAAGGAAAACCCUAAAACUAUGUGCAACUAUUGCAAUAGGUUAAUAGGGUGUCAUUAUAAGAGGAAUGGCACUUCAGCCAUGAUGCACCACCUUACCUAUAAUUGCCCAAACUCUCCACUUAAGAAAUCAAAAGAUUCAACACUACCCAAAAACCAAACAAUGUUGCAAAUGUCAUUCAAGAAACCGGUAGAAGGUGGUAGUGCUAACCAAAUUGGAUUCAUGAAGUAUGAUUCAAACAAUAUAAGAAAUUUGAUUGUUCGGUAUUUCAUCAAAAGUGAGCUGCCUUUUAGGCAUGUGGAGAGUGAUGGGUUCAGGGAAUUGAUAAAUGGAAUUGAACCUAGGUUCAAAGUGCCAUGUCGUAUCACUUUACAAAAAGAUUGUUUGAAACUGUAUGAAGAAGAAAAGCUUAGGUUGAGGACUUUUUUGAGCGGUAAAAGGGUAUGCAUCACUACCGAUACAUGGACAUCCCUGCAAAAUAUAAACUACAUGUGUGUUACCGCUAGCUUCAUAGACUCUGAUUGGACGAUUCAUAAAAAAAUUCUCAAGUUUAACCAAAUUCCCAAUCAUAGGGGUGAAACUAUUGGAAGAAUGAUAGAGAGUGCAUUGACUCAAUGGGGGAUUGAUAGUGUGUUCACUAUUACAGUCGAUAAUGCCUCAGCCAAUGAUGUGGGGAUUGAGUAUAUGAGAAAGAGGAUGAAGAACAAGAGUCAUACUGUUUUAGAAGGAGAUUUUCUUCACAUGCGUUGUGCCGCUCAUAUUUUAAACCUUGUUGUGCAUGAAGGCUUGAAAGACUUAGGUGACUGUGUUACUGAUAUAAGGAACGCAGUGAGAUAUGUGAGGUCUUCACCGGAGAGGAUGUCAAAGUUUAAAGAGUGUAUAGAGCGGGAAAAAAUUAAAUGUAAAAACAUGGUGUGUUUAGAUGUUCCAACUAGAUGGAACUCUACAUAUUUGAUGUUGACCACUGCUGAGAAGUACCAAAGAGCUUUUGACCUAUUGGGGGAGGAUGAGCAUAAUCAUUUUGUUGUUCCUCAACCUAUUGAUUGGGAAAAUGCUAGGGCAUUUGCGACAUUUUUGCAAACUUUUUAUGAAGCUACAUUGAAGUUCUCUGGUUCAACUCAUGUCACCUCCAAUUCAUAUUUUUUGCAACUUUGUAUUAUUCAAAAUACUUUGAAUGAUGGUUGUCUCAGUGAAGAUCAGGUCUUGAGUUCUAUGAAGGCAUUGGUGUUUUGGUUGAAAAAAUGUAAUGGGCCUAUGUGGGUGGAUCAAAUAGAGGCAAAAGUGAGAGACCUCCUGAAUCGUUUAAUUGAGCAAUACAAUAAGUUUCAUGGGAGGGGAGUAGGGGAGUCAUCUAACAUUGUUGAAGAUACAAGAAGAGUAGAUGUCAAUCCUAUUUGUGGUGAUGGAGAUAAAGAGACACAAUAUAGGAAUAUGUUUUCCCAACACCUUGUCGCAGAGAAUGACUUGGAAUCCAUAGCUCGUGAUGUAUUGGCCAUCCCUAUUUCCACCGUUGCCUCUGAGUCUGCCUUUAGCAACGAAAGACGUGUAUUGGAUACCUUUAGGAGUUCAUUGUCUCCGCUUACCGUUGAGGCCUUGAUUUGCACACAAGACUGGUUAAAGAACCGCCCAAUGAUCUAUGAGGAAGUGUUUCAGGACUUUAUGAAAAGCUAUGAUGAACCUGCCAUCAGAGAGAAAGAAACCGUAAAAACCAUUUUCAGUGAAAAUCACGAGUUUUCCUUGAAAUAUUCAAGAAAGGUCCCAGAAAACCCUACCAUCGAGUGGCCGCCACUCAUCGCCACUUGCAAAAGGCGGCGACCCGUCGUGACCGACGCCGUUCUGUCUAAGGAGAAGCCAAGCAGCCUCUCCCCAUCACCGCAAGGGCUGCUCGGACCGGCGCCAUCCAGAGAUGCCGCCGGCCGUUGGGCACAGCGGCGUCGUUGCCCAAAGAGGAGAGGCCAGUUAAACCGGCCUCUACCCGUCACUACGACGGGCAGCCUCCAAGGGUUGCCCGUGACAGUAUCGGCGGCCCUUCACGGGCCGCCUAGUAGUUGGGUGAAUGGCGACCCCUUUGGGUCGCCGUGA